AAUUCUUUCCCUAGAAAAUAUAAUAUAAGAAGCUAGAUGGGGUUCAAUUACUAUUAUCAAUCACAAAUUUUCAUAUACUCUAUGCUAUUCCUACUAAUUUGUUCUUCAACAAUUGGCCCUCAACUUGUUUCAGCUAAGCAUUUAAGCAUAACUAGGCGUUACAAGUUUGAGAUCAAGAUGAAAAAUGUAACAAGGUUAUGCCAAACGAAGAGCAUCGUAACAGUAAAUGGACAAUUUCCAGGGCCUAGAAUUAUUGCAAGGGAAGGUGACAGACUUGAAAUUAAGGUGGUUAAUCAUGUCAAAAACAACGUUACUAUUCAUUGGCAUGGCAUUAGACAGCUUAGAAGUGGAUGGGCUGAUGGACCUGCGUACGUGACACAAUGCCCAAUUCAAACUGGACAAAGCUAUGUUUACAAUUUCACAGUCAAAGGACAAAGAGGGACCUUAUUUUGGCAUGCUCAUAUCUCAUGGCUUAGGGCCACUCUUUAUGGCCCUAUUGUCAUUUUACCAAAGCGUGGCGUUCCAUACCCAUUUCCUCACCCCUUCAAGGAAGUUCCAAUUAUAUUUGGGGAAUGGUGGAAAGCAGACACAGAGACAGUGAUCAACCAAGCAAUGAAAACAGGAUCAGCCCCUAAUCUUUCUGAUGCCUUCACUAUCAACGGCUUUCCUGGACCCUUAUACAAUUGCUCAGCAAAAGAUUCAUUCAAGCUUAAGGUGAAGCCAGGCAAGACAUACCUUCUUCGUCUCAUCAAUGCUGCACUCAAUGACGAGCUUUUUUUCAGCAUUGCAAACCACACACUCACAAUCGUCGAAGCGGAUGCAAUCUACACAAAGCCAAUCAAAACUAACACCAUCCUCAUAACCCCUGGACAAACUACUAAUGUUCUUCUUAAAGCCAAGAAACACCAUCCUCAUGCAUCGUUCCUCAUGGCAGCCCGGCCUUAUGCUACUGGACCAGCAACUUUCGACAAUACAACUACUGCAGCUGUUCUCGAGUAUGCUUAUGAUAAUCCUUCUCAAAACUCCAACAUCACUAAAAUCCCUCUAAUUAAACCUAAACUACCAUUCUUCAAUGACACUUCAUUUGCAGCAAAGUUUACAAGCAAACUAAAAAGUCUUGCAAACACUAGAUUCCCAGCAAAUGUACCCAAAAAAAUUGACAGACAUUUCUUCUUUACUGUUGGACUAGGACUACUACAAUGCUCAAAGAAUCAAAACUGUUCUGGACCAAACAACACCAUGGUAGGAGCAGCUAUUAAUAAUGUCUCGUUCAUACUACCAAAUAUUGCUUUGCUUCAGGCACAUUUCUUUAGACAAUCAAAUGGUGUUUUCGCCACAAACUUCCCAACAAAACCACCUUUUAAAUUUAAUUACACUGGUAAUCCUCCAAGCAAUAUCAUACUUAGUAAAGGAACUAAAGUUGUGGUUUUACCAUUCAAUGCAAGUGUUGAGGUAGUAUUGCAGGACACUAGUAUUAUUGGGGCUGAAAGUCACCCUCUCCACCUUCAUGGCUUCAACUUUUUCGUCGUGGGUCAAGGAUUUGGUAACUUCGACUCCAAGAAAGAUCCUAGGAAUUUUAAUCUUAUAGAUCCUAUUGAGAGAAAUACGGUUGGUGUACCGUCUGGUGGUUGGAUUGCUAUCAGAUUUCGAGCAGAUAAUCCAGGGGCUUGGUUUAUGCAUUGUCACUUGGAAGUACAUACAAGUUGGGGAUUAAAGAUGGCAUGGAUUGUAAUGGACGGAAAACGGAAGAACCAAAAAUUGCCACCUCCACCAGCUGAUAUCCCAAAAUGUUGAGCAUUAAUACUCUCUUGUUCAUUUGUAUAAAUAUUUCUUUUUUCUUAGUUUUAAUAUGGCGUUUUCUUCUUUUUUUUUUUGGCAAAGGCGUUUUCUUCUUUCAUUUCAUUCUUUCCUCAUUUGGUUGCAUUCUUUUUUUGCCUAAAAGAGCAGCACAAUUAUUACAAUACUUCUAAGAAGAAUUGUAAAUUUCGUAUGAUUUUUGUCUAGAUUUCUACUUUCUAGCAAGAUAAGAUGUAUUUUGUGUAUAAUUCUGUAUUUCUAUCAGCAUUUAAUACAUUCAAGGUUGUGGGUUAAGAUAAUGUCAUCAUGUAAUUUGAAUGCAACGCCUGUACAAGACUACACUUUUUUUUUUUGGUAAAUCAAUCCCUUACUGCCAAAAUGACACUCAAUUUCUUAUUAGCCGACCAAUUUUUAGACAUGAAAACCAAUUUCGACUUUAAUAAGUUUGACAUUAAGGACUAAAAUGAGCUCCAAAAGUAUAACCGGUUGAU